AAUUCCAGAGACCACACAGCGCCUUCACCUCCUCCUCUCCCCAAUCCGACCACCCCAUUCACCAACCCAAAAUAAAAGCCGUCCCCGACCACCAGACUCGGGAAUUCCUCCGGCGAUCCCUCCCUUCGACGGCCGUCUCCUUCUCCGUGCGCCCCAGGAGAUCCUCCAGCUUGCAGAGAACACCUAAUUGCUCCGAAAUGGAUAGAGGGCAGAACGGGAGGGACGACUUCUUCGGUGGCAGGGACCCAUUUUCUGGGUUUGGUGGUUUUGGUCCCCAGAGGAGUUUGAUUUCUGGCUUCUUUGGAGGGAGGGAUCCAUUUGAUGAUCCAUUCUUCACGCAGCCAUUCGAGGGUCGGAUGAUGGGUGGCCAUGGCAUGUUUGGACCUAGCCUUUUUGGGCCGAUGGGAGGGCCGUUCGGUGACAUGAGGAACGAUGGAUUCAUCCAGCAAGCUCCUCCUAAGAGUAAUGGCAGAAGACCUGUCAUAACAGAGCUUGAUGAGGAGGGAGGAGAAAACGCGGAGCACGGUAACGAGCAGUCAAACCAGGAUUCUUAUGUUCAGGAGCCAGAUGAUGCAAGUGAUGUGAUGGAAGGUGGUCAAGUCCAGCUACGGAGGGAUCUCAAUAGGGCUAAUAGUGGAGGGCAAUCACAAGCUCGUACUUUCACAUAUCAGAGCUCUUCAGUGACCUAUGGUGGUAUUAAUGGAGCUUAUUACACUGCUUCAAAGACUCGGCGGACUGGCAGUGAUGGGAUCACUGUGGAAGAAAGCAAGGAAGCAGAUACAACAACUAAAGAGGCCACUCAUAGAAUAUCACGAGGAAUACAUGAUAAGGGCCACUCCCUGACAAGGAAACUGAAGUCAGAUGGGAAGGUUGACAGUACACAGAUACUGCAUAACCUGAAUGAAGAUGAACUAGCUGGAUUUGAGGAAUCAUGGAAGGGGAAUGCUGGACAUCACUUGCCUGGCUGGAAUCAAAAUGCUGGUGCACCAAAUAGUGAUAAUUCUGACUCGACCACUCUCGCUGACGGGAAUUAUCAGCUGAUUCCGGAACAAGAAGAAGUUUAUUCUGAAGACCCCGGGAAUCUUGUCUUCCGCGAGCAGCGCUUGUGGACGGCCCGUCUAUCCGCGCUUCCUCCAGCAGCCACCCCGAACCAGCUUAUCGUCUGCUUAUCCUCCCCGCACCGGCCCCCACGACGCCCCAGCGCCGGCCCCCGCGGCGCCGCCUAG